AUCACGUGCCCCGCGCUUGGGCGAAGGAGAGGCUCCGGGCGAGCGGGCGGCCAUUUUGUGAGCGAACGUCGCCGUUAGAUCAGCUGCUGCUGCUGCCGCCGCUUCUCCUCUGUCCCGCCGCGUCCGCUCUGCCUGCCUUCCUCGCCGCCCGGGCCUCGCCGGCUGCUUGCCUCCCUCCCUCCCUCUCUUCUCUCUCUCUUUCUCGGCCCCCGCUUCCUCUCGCUGCUGAACCUGAGGGAGCCCCGGGCCAACGCAGCCGCGGCCUUUUCCCCCCGAGCAGCGCCCAGCCACAGAAUCGCAUGUCCACUAUCCAGAACCUCCAAUCCUUCGGUAAGAAGCUAGCGCAGGAUCGGACGGGGACUGGCGCAAAGGCCCGGCAGCGAAGACGCCCCACCUCCGCCCCGGGCUCCCUCGGUCUUUGGUGGAGGGAAAUGGGGCUCGGGGAUGCCCUUCCCAGGUGUCCGUUAUCCUGGCAGCAAACGGGGUGCGCAUAAGGAGGGGGUCCUCUCUUGCCUCCGCCCCCCCUUGCCAUCCUCUUCUCCCCCCAACGGCAAAGCCUUUGCAUCUCUUUGCGCAGCACCCAGGAGGUUGAGAUAAAUGGGUGCAUGGAUGGAGCGCGCAAGAUUUUUUUUGGGGGGGGGGGUCCCAGCAGAGACACCUCUUUCCCUACGCUGCGCCCAGUCCAUUUUGUUAAGCUGCAAGGGUUUGCUGCUGUUGGCACGGGUCUUGGUAUCUUCCUGCCCCUGGUCUGACAAAGGGAAGGUGAGCUGUGCCAGCCUUUGCCCCCUCUGCGCUUGCCCCCACACCCUUCACCCUCUCUCCUUUCACGCAGAGUUGAUUCCUUGCUAUGGGGCCGGGACACUUCUGCUUGACCCCUGCUAUCUAAAAAUGUUGGGUGUUUAGUGGCUUAAAAGUGCCUUCCAGGAGGCCGUGUGUUUUGUGGAUGGGAGGGCCAGAGUUCUUCCCACCAGAUGUCAAAGAGGAAAACAACCACCGGACUUUUAGAAGACAUCUGAAGGCAGCAUUGUUUAGGAAAGCUUUUAAUGUUUGAUGGACUCUUGUAUUUUAAUAUUUUGUUGGAAGCUGCCCAGAGUGGCUGGGUGUAAAUAAUAAAAUAUUUGUAUUAUUAUUAUUCAUUAUGGUAUCUCUUUAACAGGCUUCUACUGUGUUCUGCUAGUUGGCGGCUGUUUUGCAAACUGGGACUUUCAGUGUAGCUUGUGGGUUUCCCCAAACUUGGGUCACCAGCUGUUUUUGGACUACAGUUCCCAUCAUCCCCGACCAUCAGACCUGCUAGCUAGGGAUGAUGGGAGUUGUAGUCCAGAAACAGCUGGAGACUCGGCUUUUGGAAACACUGGGCUAGGUUAAACCACUUUAUUAACCUUGGUCCAUAUUGUAUAGUCCGCUGUUAAGACUUUGUUUGCUGAUGUCUUCAGCAGUAAACUCCUGCUCCCGUAACUGAUAUCUUUGUGACAAAUCAGUUACACCCUCUAUAUAGUGCAACACCCUCUAUAUAGCUAGCUAGCCUAGUGCACAAGACCUUACCCACUCACUCACCCGAUCCAGCUAUUUCCAUUUGUUAUUACUGUGUUGACCAAAUUUGGUUUGUAGCCUACUGUAGACCCUUCCACAUUAGUAUUGCCAGUUGUUGACAUAAAGCUGUACUAACAGCGUAUUUCAGAAUUGGGAUAAAAUGCAACCUCCUGGCCAGCAAGGGUGGGGUUAGUGGAGUAGUAGCAAGUCUUGCAUCCUCAGCUCUUCUGCUUGCCCUGAAGCUGGGGCAGGGAACCCUUGUUGGUAAUGGGAAGAGGCCCAAACUGGGUCUGUUGCUGUCACAUGAUGGCAGAAGGGCCAACUCUGGAUCCAGUGGAUUUUGUACCAGCAAGCUCUUCUCUUGUUUCUUUUUCUUUUAGGGAGGUGUGUGUUCUGCUAGCUAUCAACAGCAGGAAUGUAACAUCAGUGGUAGCUUCCACCGACUUGACUUGCUGUUUGAGUGACACAUUAGGGUGCCCCUUGCUCCUGGGACUUCCUCACCUGCAGCAGAGUUUCGUUGCCAGCAGAAGGACUGGGCAGAGGGACCCCUUUGCCUCAAGGAACCCCCUGCCCCCCUCCCCAGCAUUGCGGUUCAGGAAUUUGGCUUGCUCUACCCACUUGACAUCUUGCAAGCUGUCUGGGCAGCUGAGAUCACCAGCCCUGCAGUUCAUUCCUGCAGUUCUCAGUGCUAUAAUAACUGAGAAACCUUCCUUCUCCUUUCAUUUGCUAACUUAAUACUUGUAUUUUGGGGGGGGCGGGGGGAGAGCUGCCUUGUCGCAUGUUCUUUUUUGAGGGAUCAAUGACUCUGUGCCUAUUUGACAUUAUUCUCCUGAGGAGCAUUCAGUCAAGUGAUUCCCCCCCUCUCCAGUCUAGGCUUAGGGGGUGUGGAACCUGUCUCCCCCCCCCCCCAGAUGUUGAUGGAUUACAGCGCCCAUCAUCCCAGGUCAUGCUGGACAAGCUAAUGAGAGAUGGGAGUCCAGCAACAUCUCCCCCCACCCCCUGGCCUAGGCAAAGCUUUUGUACCUCAGUCUCUCCAUUUUCUCCUACCAGUCUUGAGGUGAAUUUCUCCUCUAUCCAGGGAAUUUAUCAGGGAAUUGUAUUUUGUGAUAUUCCUCUUUCUAUGCAAAGAGCCUUCAUUUUAUCAUCUUUGCCGUAGCCAUCAGUUCUAAAAUUGCACUCCUUGAUUUGUAUUGAACACAGAUACAUCCACCUUGCCACGAAUAAACUCCCUGAUCUGUUGAAAACAGCUUUUUGAAGACGUUUUCAUUCGUAGAGGUUUAUGCCUGAAUUGGAUAGGACUUUAGAAUUUGUCAAUUGGUAAAGGAGGGAAAGGUGGAAAAUUGAUAAUGGUUUUUCAGUGCGGCUCCACUUGGACUUUCAGUUGGGGAAUGACAAGUAGCUAUGAAGGAGUGCAGAUUUUGUAGGCUUGGUCUCUGCAGCUAAGGGAGCAGUGGAAGAUUCUUUAAGCUAAAAUUGUGCCGUAUUCUCCCAUAACCCACUUUCUGCUUCACAGAACACAGCACCAUUUUAAGGAGUUCACGGAGGUAGUCAACCUUUGUCUAAGCUCCGACUGCAGGGAGGGAGGUCAUAUGACUCGUUGCUCCUCAUUCAGAAUAAAAACACGAAAGACAAUAAGGUGCUCCAGCCCUCCCUACAGCCAGAAGUGUGUCACAGGCUUGUAGCCUCUCAGAACUAGCCUUUGACAUAUUGGACUUUGUGAACAAGUUGUUGUAACUUUUGCAGUGACGCAGAAGUAGCCUGAUGGGAGUUGGAGCCAACGAUGCUCAUAGGGCCACAGUUUCCUCAUUCAUGCAAUACGAUUUGAAUGCUAGGGCCAUUUGGAAUUCUCUGCCUUCCCUCAUUGUACAGCUUGUACCCAGUGUUUAUAUUGGACUUGCCCUUGCCUCCCCUUGUUAACUUGCCAAAGCAUUACCUCUAGGUUCAUUGUGCAGCUGCAGGGGGGCUCCUAUGUGUCAAUGGGUAAGCCCAACAGGCCUCUCCAGUGCCUGGUGUGAACCGACAGUGUACCUUGGAAGUGGCCCCAGAAUCUCCCCUCUACAAUGCACAGGAGUUGCAUGGCAGACUGCUGUGGAAGGAGUUCUUUGAAGGUAGAUUGACCUUUUCCUCAUCCGGGUAGCUGGUUGGCCUAAAAGCAGGGAACUGAUCUUCCUCAGAUUGAGCCUCAAACAAGGCAUAGGUGGAAAAGAGCUUCUAUUUUAGUAGCAGGCAAGCAGUGAAACAUUGUUUGGAGGAAUUGGUGGGUUUGGGAGCACUAGCGGACAAAGGCUAAAAUAAAAACCUUGUCACUACCAGGGUGCCUAAUGGAAUAUCAGACUACUUAUGGUUGCUGGUAUGUUUUUCUCCCCACAGUUAGUAGUCAGUCCUGAAUACAUUUGUGUUAGAGUAUUCCUGGUUAGUGUUUGAGCAAGUUCUCAAGGUGAGAUGAAGACUGGGUUAGUCUGUAGUAGAGAAUGAGAAAAAGGGCCCAGGUAUGGGCCUUAGAGCGCAGACAACACCCACAGAUAUGCAGAAAUUACCAUAUGUGACAAUAUAUCACGAUCAUGUUUGUAUUGACAUGGUAAAGAAUUGCUGCUGCCUGGAUUAAGUAGUUUAGAAUACUAAGAAGUAUGUUUUAUCUACCAUUUGGAAAAGACAUUCAAAAUAUGUAGGAACUUGAAGGUUUGCAUCAGACUAACUCGUGUGGACUUUUCACCCCUCCAGACCCCUUUGCUGAUGCAACUAAGGGUGACGACUUACUCCCGGCAGGGACUGAAGACUACAUUCAUAUAAGGAUCCAGCAACGAAACGGCAGAAAGACACUAACUACUGUUCAGGGAAUUGCAGAUGACUAUGACAAAAAGAAGCUUGUGAAAGCCUUCAAAAAGGUAGCGCUGUUCUUCUCCUAGGUCCUGAAGUUUUUGUGCUUGAAAGAGAAAUGCAUGUAAAUUAACAAUUUCCAGUGGGGAAGUGAAAGAUCAAAUGCUGCAACAGGCGUGUUAAAUGUUCUGGUUGAGACAGCUUUCCAGUAUAAGACCAUUUCAGAUGUUGAAUGCACUGACAGGGGCAGCCAGUCUUAACUGAAAAAAAAUUAAUGUUUGAGCAGUGUGCUGGUCAAUUUAGUUGCAAUAACCAGCUUUCAUGCUCUUUUCUACAAUUGUCACUGUCUAGGAAUGGAUCCAGACCCUUUAAAAUGACUUAAAAGCCACAUAAGGAGAUAUAUUGCUGCAAAAGGUAACCAGAAAGUUGUUCCGGGAACAAAUAGCUCAGUACCGUGUUGCCUGUUUUUGACAAUGCCAAUUGUGUUGCGGAGGAGGAAUUGAUAUUUUUACAUCGAGUUCUAUUUUGAAUAUUUAGUUCUAUAUUUCUAGAACAGUAGUAAAAACAGUUGGGAGACAAGCCUGGAGCAAAGAGGAAAAACCCUGGGAGGUGAUACGGGAAGAUAUCUGAGGUUGGGUGUGGAGUGGAGCAAAACAUAGUGUACUCAUCUAGUUUGUGGUGGUCAGGUUGUAGGGGGAAAUGUGAAGUUGGGCCAGGACAUUGAUUUAACUCCUGCAGUUGAUUUAGGCAUUGCUGAGCUCUGCAAUUCUAAGCUCCAAGCAUCUAGGAACUUCGGCCAAAAUCCAUCACUAGAAAAGCAUAUAUCUCAUUUGCUAGCAAAACCUUUGGAGCAUGUCUUCUGAAGGAAAAAAAUAAUAACCAAAAUAAUGGAUUUUGGUUCUCUUCUGAAAGUGAUCUAAACAUAAUUUGCAACUGGGUUUUUAAAAGCAUUAAACCUUUCUUUGUAGAAAUUUGCCUGUAAUGGUACUGUGAUUGAGCAUCCUGAAUACGGGGAAGUGAUCCAGUUGCAAGGGGACCAGAGGAAGAACAUUUGCCAAUUCCUCCUAGAGGUCAGUCAGCUCAGGCUGCUUGCUCAAAUGUUAAAAUGCACUCGGAAGCCUAUUUAAGCGAGACUCUUUUGACUCUGAAUGUAACAUAACAUGGCAGGGUUGAGUGAGUCACUACCCCUAGCUGUGAGCCAUAUUGCUGCCUGGACUAAAAGGGGUGAGCUGAGUCAUACUGGCGGCAAGCGGGGAGGAGUGCAACAGGCCUGACUUCGGCAGUCAGAGAUGUAUAUUUGAGCAGCUGGAUUUUAUCACAAGAAAUUAACGUAAUUAAUUGCAUAACGCACUGCUUGGCACUUAUCUGAAUGUAACCUAAAAGAAUGGCUGCUGUAGAUCCUCUUGUACAAUAGGGGGCACUGGUCCAGGGAGCAGAUGUGUUCUUCCAGGCUUCUCUCUUCAGCCCUCGGGACUCUCCCAAGGCCAAACUCACUCCCUGAGUCCACGCUAUGUACCAGGAGUUGCUCCACUCCCUCCUUGAGUGCUUUAGCCUGCCUGAAACAAGUCCUUGAACAGUAAUAAUUCUUCAUUGGAUAGAAUGUGUGUGUCUGAUUUCCCCCUACCCAUGGCUCUCAUGUAGCCAACUAUAACAGAGGUAAGAUUCACCACCAUUGGUCCACUCAUUUUUGAUUCUGGCUUGCAACCCAUAGACAGUUGCACACCAGGAUGGCACACCUCAGACCGAAAAGAGUCUCUCCCCCCCCCCCCCAAUUGUACAUUGGUACAGUUUCAUCUGUAUGUUAACUCUUUCUCCAUCUGCCUUGGGAUUGACAAGUGUGUAACUUCAUUUUUGUGUUGGACUUUCAGGUUCUAACUGCUGGGGGCUUACUGCCAUCUCCUUCUCUUCUGCAGGUUGGCAUUGUCAAGGAGGAGCAGCUGAAAGUUCAUGGCUUCUAAAAUGUGUGUGUUUACAUGAAGAACUUCUGCAGGUUUUGUUCUUACCUAAGCUGGCUACUCUGUGGAAAAUGAUUCUUUGCAGUCGAUGGACUUCCCAUUCGAAAUCUUAUUUGCUUUUGCAUGACUACAGAAAACAUAUGGAGUGUAGGCUAGAAACACAUAAGAAAACUGCAGUAAGAUGGUAACACGAGAUCCUUGAGAAUUUUAACACAUUUCCAAUGGAAAUGUUCUACUGCUGAUAGUUCAGUGUUUUACUUUUCACCUGAUUUAAAUGUUGUAUUAAAACCAUGUGUGUUGCAGCUUAAAUAAAAACGUCUCUUAUCUUAAAACUCCUGAUUGCUUUGGAUGCAUUAAACAAGAG